GACACAUAUCACGUGACAUCAACACUUUGUAAAACUGGAUAUGGAGGGAAGAGAUCGUACUUUAUCAACACGAUGGAAAUGAGGAAGUAAAUAUUAAUUUAACGGAGAUAAGAUGGACGAUGGCUCAUGGAGACCAACCGAGGACAAUUACGGAGUCGCCAUCAGUAGUUUCAGAAGUAAGGUGGAGAGGGGCCUGAAUUUGACAGUAGGUGAAACAGUACACAUUUUGGAGGAAUAUGGGGGACCCAAUGGUUGGUACUAUGGGGAGUCGAUGGGCAGAAAAACAGGAUGGGGAAUAUUUCCAAAGCGUUUCAUUUGCAUUAAGGACUGUGUUGUGGAGGGAAUAGGACGAUAUCAGGCAGUCAUUCCAAAAGAGGAUCACAUGGUUAGAGAAUUGACGUUUGGUCUUCGAGAAUGGUUCCAAACCUGGAAAACAAAAUACUUAAGUCAGGGAUGGAACCAGAUGUUGGAGGAUGUGGCAAAGACAAUGACUGACCUGACAGUGUUGCGAGGAAGACUCCUGAAUGACACUCUAUCUGUGGAACAAGCAUCUAGUCUACGCGACGAAAUCGCCACACUUGUGGACUGGGGAAAUGGGCAGCUAGGCAUGGAUCUUAUUCCUCGCAAAAAUGGCAAGGAGAUGAACCCUGAUGAAUGCAGUAUUGUAGAGCUCCACAGGGUACAUGCUCAGGGAGUGGAAAAAUUACGGACCAAAUCAGUAUACACAAAGCGGGCGAGAUUACCCACAGAAUCAUGUCGUACAGAUGAGGGAAAUAUUUACAACCUUUUGGUGUGUUACCGCAGCAGUCAGUGCAAUAUAGGAGAUGACGCUGUAAUAUAUUUAUCCAUAUACAGUGCCAAAGAUGACAAGUUCAUCAGUGAACAGUAUGAAAUAAAACUAAACAAGACAGGGUUUCCAGUGGACUUGGACAAGUCAGACAACUUGAAUGCUUUAUUCACAGAUUUGUCCUCAGAAGAUUUAAACAGAAAUUUAUUCCUUGUUAUUCGUAUAUACAGAUGUGGUCGAAUGUUACUAGACCACAAGGAUCACAAGAAGCCUCCGUCCUCACCCUACAGAAGGCCGUGGGGAGUGGGAGUGUACAGUGUUCGGGAAAUUCAAGAUCAGAUGGAGGUAGUGGAGGAAUUAUACGAGUGUAACAUAAAGGUUGUGAGUUGUGCAGAUGACAACACAUUUUCAGAGUUCCAUGAACCAUUAAUAAAGCGAUACAGUAUAUCCCAGACUGGUAGUAGUAGUCAACUUAAAGCUAGUGUGUCUAAUUCAGAAAGAACAAGCUUAGGUCUGCAUUUGGCUGUGAAGAUUAUUGCAGGGGAUCUGAAAAAGUGUCAAACAGACAAUCCAAUGUUGUUCACGAGAGGCCUGGCUGUGAUACAAAAAAUGGACUUUUCAGAUGUUAUUAAUCCAGGGGAGGUCCGUAAUGAUGUGUACUUGGAGCUACAUGAGGGAGAUUUUGACAGGGAUGGUAAAAAGGCUCAAAAAAAUGUGGAGGUCAGAAUCACUGUGUUGGAUAAGGAGGGUCGCCGUAUUCCUAAAUGUAUUAGUUAUGGUUGUGGAGAAAAUUUAACAGAUGAUUUCCGAUCCAGCGUGCUGUACCAUAGCAACGGACCACGAUGGGGGGAGACUGUUAGGGUUUCCAUACCCAUGGAAAAAUUUCCAGGAUCUAGUGCUCUUUUUGAAAUCUCACAUUGCUCAACCAAGUCCAGUAAGGCAGAGAAAAAACUGUGUGGAUUUGCCUUUAUGAGAUUGACAGAUCACGAAGACAUAGUCAUUAAAGAUGCAUAUCACACACUGUGUAUAUAUAAGUGUGAAGACCCGGGGAAGAUUAAGUAUGAGAAGUAUAAGACAAUGCCGUUCCUUGUUGAUGACUUUGGAGACCCCAGGCAGUCUGUCUUCAUAUCAAAGUCUCUUCCGUACGUCCGCAGUCCAAAGGAGACCAUUCAGGUGUCCACUAAACUGACCUCCACAAAGUUCACACAAACGUCGGAGCUUCUUGGGAUUUUGAAAUGGAGAGAUUGCAUUUCUGACUUGGACAAAAAUUUGGACAAAAUGAUGAAUUUACAGGGAGGAGAAAUCAUGAAGUUUUUGUCAGACAUACUUGAUGCUUUGUUUGAAAUGUUACAAGCAGGCAGCCAAACACAGUACUAUACCAAAGUGUUCCAUGCUUUAAUUUUUAUCCUGAACCUGCUGUUGGACAGCCGUUUUGAGAAUUUUGUACCAGUUUUAGACAGUUAUCUCAAAGAGACAUUCACAUCACCUCAAGUUCAUAGCCAUUUAAUGGUCUCGUUUUCAUCUGGCAUUCAGAAGGCGGUCAGUGGUGAGACAUUCCCUGUGGCUAUGUCACUCAAGGUGCUAGCCCCACUGGUGAGAUUCAUUGUACGAUCUCGGGAACUCGAAACACUGAACCCCAUGUGCCGCAACUCUAAAAAUGACAAUGAUUUUGGUGUCCAGAUCUCAGAGCUGUUCGACAGCUUUGGACUUCUCCUUUCCUGUAAGGACCAAAAACUCAAGAUUUCUCAGAUGGCGUUGUUGUCAAACCUGCAGAAGUCAUUCGAGACUUUUGUAGUAGUGAUGUCCAGGCGGCAGCUGGCUGAACAUGUCAAAGCUGUCAUCUCCAAACUACCAAGUCCACGGGAAAUUUCAGAGGAUGUAGCCAGGAACAAGAUGGAAUUCCUGAGGGAAAUUGUCAAUUCUGACCUCUUUCUUGAUGAUGAAUCUCGUAGUGUCAUGCUGCCAUUGUGUUUGACUCAAGUUCGGCAAUGUCUGGUACAAAAGAUGUUUCUGCAGCUCGUGACAAGCACACUAGGAGACAUAUUGGACAAAUUGUUUACACUCAGUCAGGAGAAGAAUAUGGCAGAAAACAUAGAAAAUUUUGCCAAGAUGAUGUUCUUGGUGAUGGUGGAUACAACCUUGACCCUUAGUGAGAAGGUCGUUUCCCAGCCUUUUUGUGUAACGCCAUCUUUGUCACCACAACAAGAAACACAAGAUUUUGAUUGUGAUGAGGAUGACUCGCCAAAAAAGGGAACCAAGCGGCAGGUCGACCGUGAACGUCGCCGAACUCUGACGGGAAUUAACUUCUUUGCCUCCAAAAAUAGGCCACCCUCAAUCUCAAUGCAAGCAUUUGCUCCAAAUCUGAAAACUAUCGAUAGCACCCCAGUCAAAGCUCCGGAUAUCGGAGAACUCUUCAAGAAAAAAUUGCCCACAUUCUCCAUGGAAGACCUGGGACUGAGUGGAGAAAUGAUUUCCUGCAUGGCUGAGCUGCUGAGGCUAAUGGACCACAGACAUUAUGCAGUGAUCCUUAGACCACAGCACAUACCACUCAAGGACUUUCUGGGUAAAGUACUAUUGACCUUCAGAGAGUUAAUAAAAGAAGACUUAUUUCCUCCUGGUUGGACAGUGAUGAGGAUGGUCAUUAAUAAUGCUCUAUUCACUGCCAUUGAGUACCUGUCAUCAGCAUUAAGUGAGCAUUUCCUCAAGAAAGAUCAAUUCGACAUGCAGCUUUGGAGUCACUACUUUAAUCUGGCGGUGGCUUUCAUCACCCAGCCAAGCCUUCAGCUGGAGAGGUAUUCAGAAGCCAAGAAACAGAAGAUUAUUGACCGCUACCAGGACAUGAGGAUCCUGAUGGGCCAACAGAUACAGAAUCUCUGGGAAAACUUAGGUCCCAACAGACGGCAUUUUAUUCCCUCUCUGAUUGGACCAUUUCUAAAGGUGACCUUGGUACCCGAGGAAGAGCUGCGAAAGGCGACAAUCCCUAUCUUUUUUGACAUGAUGGAAUCGGAAAUAAAAACGAGUGGGAACUUCCAAAUGGUUGAGAAUGAGAUUAUUGAGAAACUGGAUGAAUUCAUCACCACAGAGAACCUCGGAGACACUGAUUACAUGGCACUGUUCAGCAUAAUAUUGUUGGACAAAGUUGAUAAAGAACCGGAACUGAAGGAAAAUGGCCGACAGUUUGUCCUCUCUGUCACCAAUCUUCUGGAGAAAUUGCUGGACUAUAGACAAGUGAGUGGAGGCGAGGACCACAGGAACAGCCACAUGAAGUGUACCUUCAAUAUUCUGAACUUUUACAAGGACAACACGAACAAAGAGGAGAUGUACAUCCGAUACAUAAAGAAACUGUAUGACCUUCACCUUGGGGCCCAGAACUACGUGGAGGCUGGACUGACAUUGAAGUUGUAUGCCCAGCUUCUACAGUGGCGGGACAGUGUCAGAAAGGCAGAGCUAGACUAUCCCACCCAGGCCGAGUGGGAGAGAAAGGAGAGGGUUUACCUACAGAUCAUGGACUGCUUCGAUAAGGGCAAGGUUUGGGAGUAUGGUAUUCCUUUGUGCAAAGAGUUGGCAGAAGUUUAUGAAAAGAAAUUUGAUUACAGGAAACUGAGUAAUGUUCUGGAGAGACAGGCUAGGUUCUUCGGUAACAUACUGGAUGGGGUUAAAGUUCAGGAGGAGGGACAAGACAGACCUGUCUUCUAUCCCCGCCAAGAACCAACCUACUUCAGGGUGGCCUACUAUGGACAACUCUUCCCACCAUUUGUCAGAAACAAAACGUUCAUAUACAGAGGAAACGAGUGCUUGAAGUUACAGGACAUAAUAAACCAGCUGAAACAGGAAUACCCCCUGGCUACCAUCCUUCAGUUCAAUAACCCCAUCGACGAAGAGAAGAGGCUUGGGGAGGCUCAAUACAUACAGAUUGGUAGUGUCAAACCUCGACCAGACGACAAACCAGAGUUUGUGUACAAUAUGAAUGUGGCUCCUGAGAUCAAGAACUUCUAUUCUGUUAAUGACGUCAGUACAUUCCAAUUUGAUAGAUCAAUCCACAGAGGAGAAAAGGAUCCCAAUAAUGAGUUCAAGAGCCUGUGUACAGAGCGAAUGGUGAUGCAUACUAAUUAUUGCUUUCCGGGGAUCCUGCAAUGGUAUGAGGUCAUCAGAACCGAACAUGUGACUCUGAGUCCAGUGUGUACUGCUAAUGAAGCAGUCAAAUCUGCAUGUAAAGAACUACAAAAGGAAAUAGACAAAACUAAAAAAGACUCCUCUAUAGAUGCCAUCAAAUCUCUCUCUAUGAAAUUAAAUGGAAUGAUCAGUGCUUCCGUGCAAGGUGGAAUUCCAAAAUACCAGGAGGCCUUUUUUUCACCUGAGUAUGAGAGACUUCAUCCAGAGGAAAGGGACAGAAUCAGAGAACUAAAGGAGCUAUUGAAUGAACAGGUGAAGUUACUGGAUGCUGGGCUACACCUAAUGAAGACCAUGGAUCGUGUACAUGGGACAGGCUUGUCUGACAUGCUGCGUUCACUCAGUGAAAUCCUGAGGGACAUUAAGGAUAGUCUUGGCAUGCAGUCCACACCUGUACGCAGAUCAUCCUCACAUCUGUCUGUGGCCUCAGUAAGGGAGGUUAAUCGCCGGUCAGACUCUGGAGUGGACAGUAUGUUAGUAGAAAUGAGACCGGGAACUCCAGGCAGUGGAUCCAUCCAGUCAUCAGGAAGCAAUCGCUCAUCAGGUUUAUCGGCUGAUGCAGUAUUAGGGGAUCUGGUUGACUUGUCUGAAUUGGAGCCCGUCUCAGCACCAGAGAAUUUUACACCCCUAAAUCCACCUGCCAACCUGCAACCCAAGGGAGCAAACUCCAACAAUGACAAGAAAAAGCGGCCAUUUUCAAUGAUACUAAGCUCAGACAAGAAAUCUCGAGAUCGCUCCAUGUCAGUAUGGUACGACUCUUCACUUUCGGAGAAGUCUUGGUCGGGAUCUGAUUCAGAUAUUUCACAUCAUUCUUCCCGAAGACACUCAGAUCAGCCCAGUGAGCGGAGCACCUUUACCAGAGAUAUACCAGUCAUCCCUCUGAGACAUCCAGAACCCAUAGCUGAGAGACCAGAACCUCCUCCAAAACAGAAACAACCAAAACCAACUCAAGAACUGGUUAGUCGUGGAUCCUAUGUCAAUGCGCCCUCUAACUCAGUGCCUCCUUUACCUCCCCGUAAACCUUCACUUGUUAAACAAAGCAACGGAGUUUCACGAGCAUCAAUAUUUGCGAAUGUAGAGUCCCCACCGGGUGAGAAUGCCCCCCCUCCCAUUCCUCAAAGAACUUCCAUACGUAACCCAAGGCCUGCUCCACGUUCAUCUGUUACAAAGCAAGAUGAAAGCAGCAAGCUGUAGGGGGCACUUUAUUUCAUCACAAGGAUUACAAGGAUACCUAAUCAUGAUACGCAAGGAAUCCCUUCAGAUGGGAUUCUGUUUUGUCCGUGGGAUCAAAUUAGCUGGUGGCUGUACAACAUGUAGUAUGAGGAUCAGAAUCUGUGCUAAAAACUUGAUUCCACUCCAACUGUUUGUGUGCUAAUAUGUUAAAAUAUCUGUUUUGAUAUUCUGUUUGUCAACAUAAUUAGAGGAUAUGAGGGUGCAUAAAGUGGCUUCUGUGUUCUGAGACUGGUGUCUACCGUGGAGUGACUACAAGACUUUGGUAUAGUACCACAGCUGUGUAUGAAACACUGUUGUGGGCUGUUCCCUUGGCAGUUGACUGUGAUAUUCAGGACACAACAUAUUUGUCCAACAUUUUAGUUUUAUUUUUUUGUGAAACAGUUAUUUCAGGUUUGAAUAUUUUAUUAUACAAGACGUCAUACAUCAGAUGAUUGAUAUUUAGUUGUUAAAAUUUUAAUAUUUUUUCAAGAAUUUUAUUUUUAUGUAAAAUACCAGGAUAAAAAGAUUUUGAUUCAUUUGUAUAUUUGUGGAAAUCAUUGAAUAUACUGUAAUAAAAUGUUUGAUUAUCAUAACUGAAAUCUCAUCACUAAGGAGUUACAUGUAGUCUGUUUUGUUAGAGAUUAUUUACUCUGUCAUUUGGAUUCUCACUAGAACAAAGAAUUUUGGAUUGCAUUGAUUGCUUCAUUGUAUGUGGAUUUAGAGAAUGUGUCAAUAUUGACUGUGUUAUAUGUAUAAUGUAAAUAAAUAUAUAUUACUAGA